AUGGACAGUGACGAUGAUAAACAAUCAAAAGUUGUCCGUUACUCUGGCUCCACAGAUAAACAAAGCAUUCAGUUUGAUAAUGAAGGUAAAAAUUUGUAUUCAUCUGGUUAUAUUAAAAACAUCAGUGAGAACAGGAACCUGGAUAUCUGUGUAGCUGACUUUAAGCCAAAGCAGUGGUGGUGGUUAAUCAGGCAGGAAACUCCAUUUAGUACACUGUUCAUCCCUCUACUACCAUGGGGUAUUUUACCCGCCGGCAUUACAACAGACAGCCAGAGUCAGAUCCUGACAUCAGACCGUGCAAACCCCUGUAUCCACAUCCUAAACAACGGACAUUUUCCCCGUUACAUUGAUAACUGUGGUCUAAAGUUUAAGGGGUUUAUGUGUAGCACCAGAAAACCUUUUUGUGACCGAGUUGGGCAGUGGUAA